UUUUUAAAUUGAUGAGCUUUUAAGUAUCAACAAUCAUAUGUUUUAGACAACUGAUUCAAAGAAAGAAGAAUUUAGAAAGUAUUUAGAAAAGGCAGGAGUGAUUGAUCAAUUAACAAGAGUAUUAGUUGGAUUAUAUGAAGAGCCUGAAAAACCAAAUAAUGCCAUAGAGUAAAAUCUAAAAUUAAUUUAGCUAUGUAAAAAAGUAUUUAGGAUCUCCAGUUGAUAUUGAUGUGGAUAAAUUGAAAUUAGAAUAUGAAAAAAUGAAAGAUGAAAACAUUAGAUUAAAAAGAGAAAUAGCUGAAUUAAAAAAAGAAGUAAUCAAGUAUAUCAAAAUAUUUAGUUAUAAGCAGCCUAAUAAGAAUAAAAUUGAUGAGUUA